AUGGGGCGGCUGAGGGCGCUCCUGGCCCUCCUGCUGGCCCCAGCACUGGCGGAGCCAGUGGGCUGCUACCACUACGGCUUUGCUUUCACAAAUCCUUUGGCCAACGUUUCUGGCAAUCCCUUCUCCAAGGUCUCUGCCUAUGAGUGUCAGUUGCAGUGCCGAAACACCAAUGGCUGCGCCCACUUCGGGUACUACCCUGUCAGCGGCUCGUGCUACAUAGGCAGCUCGGAAGGCAUCCUCUACGCUGCAGACGGGGCAGUUGCGGGACCUGCAGAAUGUCCAGAAUUGAACAAGGGCUGCACGGAGUUGCCGGGCUCGUCCUUCCCGGCGGAGACGCCGCUGGAGACCAUGAAGGCGUGGCCCGGGGGCGUCCAGCCCACGCCCCUGCAGUGCUGGCCAAGGAGGACGGAUGGACAGCUCAUGCGCUGCCGGAACCAGACAGCCACUGUGUUGGAGGACACCGAGGAUGGAUGGCCUGGUCGGUGCGAAGGCAUGGUCAAGAUCACCGACCUGAAAGACGGUGAGACAUGCCAAAUGCGCUGCAUGAUGUCUCCAUUAUGCUCCGUUUGGUCAAUCGAAUCCACCAGCGACCCCUACGGAGCCUCCACGUGCUGGAACGGCAUGCUCGGCACCAAUUGCUAUGGCGACGACGAGAAUGUACUCACACCGGUAAGAGCCCAGAGGCUCCAGCACGGCACCUACCGAGUGCUGAUGCAAGUAGCUGGCGUGCAGAUCCUGGGCCUGCACAAUAGCUUUGGCGGUACUGUCUACAGCAACUGGGAAGACGGAGCGAAGCAUUGCAAACUGGAAUGUCGAUCCUUCUUGCUUUGCCAGUUCUGGCAGUACUCCAAGACCUAUGGCUGCUUCCUGGAGAUGCCUCAGAAGGGAAUGGUAGGUUACCCCCUCACCACGACUGGCACCUUCCGCUCCGUGAAUCUGCACAGCGAGGCCGCGGCGGACAUCGUGGCUGGGGAGAUGAUUCAGCACAACUGCAUCGGCUUGAUGUCGCCCAUCCCCACGGCGACCCCCGUGGCAAAAGAGGUGUCCUUGGUAGUGCCGGGCUUUGCUGGAGCAAAGCCGCCGGAAGUGCAAGAAUGGCCCUUCUGGGCCUAUCUUCUGAUUUGGGCCGCGAUCGUGAUGUGCAUGGCCGUGGCUGGGGCUGCGAUUUGGAUGGGCCUCAAGGAGCGCGAGAAACGACGCGGCGGCGGCUUCCGCGGAUCUCCGCAGGUAUCUCAGGCAAAGGGAGCAGGGUAUGGCCCGAUGAAUCCUGCAGCAGACCAGUCAGCUGGCUUCCUGCAGAACAUCCACAUGCCUCAGAUGCCUUGGGAGCAGCAGCAGGGCUACAGCGGUGUGCCUGGCUACGGUCAAGGUGCGGCCCCAGGCGGUUACUCUCACCCCAGCGCUCACACGCAGACCCGCGGUGGCCGGUUCUUCUAG